AUGGACCGCGCCUUCCCAAUUCACAACGGAAUGCCUCCACCAAAAGACCUCUUUCCCUUCCAUUCAUUCCAACCCACCAUACCACAACCACAGCAAGCCACAAUGCCUCCGCCAAUCCACCCAACGAUGCCGCCGCCCUCGAAACAAACCCCCUACGAGCGCGCCCAAGCCAAACUCGCCCUCCGCACCGAACGCCAGCAGCAAGCACAAGCCAAGUACGAGAUCGCCCUGCUCCAAGCAGAACGCCACUCGGUCGUCGCCGCCCUCAAGAGGACCGCCGCCCACCAGAAACGGCUCGUCGACGCCCUCGAGCACAUUGAGGCAGAGAACGAGGGAUGGCAGACUCCGAAUGCGAAUCUGGAGCAGAUGUACCGAUUGAGGGAUCAGAUAGAGCAGGUGGAGAAGCAGGCGAAUGAGUGUCAUCGGCGGUGGGAUGAGCUGGGGGAGGAGAUUGAGGAGAAGCAUGUUGAGAUUGCCUUUGGUGGGAUUGGUGGUGAUUAA